ACACUCACAUCAUAAGAAAAACAUGUUGAAAAAGAAAAAACAAGCAAUUUCCAUUUCCCGCCAAAUAACUGCAUUUGCAUCCCACCUUGUUCGUUUCAAAUGCACCCAGCAAAUUCAUCAUCCAUCUCCAUCUCCAUCGUUUUACUCUUCCAUUCUCAAAUCUAUAAAAAAUCCCACAAAUCUACUUCCGUUACAUGCUCAAAUCGUCACUUCUGGCGCAACCUUCAACCAUGUUUCUCUCUCCAACAAUUUGAUGAAUGCAUAUAUUUCUUCUGCUGGUCUGAUCUCCAACGCCCAGAGAGUUUUUGAUCAAAUUCCAAAAAAAAUGUUGUUUCUUGGACAAUUUUGAUAUCUGGGUUAACAAAAAAAGGGUUUUAUGACGAGGGCUUGGAAUUAUUUGGGGAAAUGGUGGGAAGUGGGUUAAUGCCCAAUGAGGUUACUAUUUCAAGCAUUUUGCCAGCUUUUGCGAAUCUGGGUUUGGAUUUGAUGGGGAAAUCGGUUCAUUGUUUCUGGGUUCGUCGUGGAUUUGAGCAUAAUGUUGUUGUUGAGACGUCUUUGGUUGAUAUGUAUUGCCGUUUCAGGCGCAUUAUUGUUGCCCGGAAUCUGUUUGACGAAAUGCCUGUGAGAAAUCUUGUUUCUUGGAAUGUUAUUAUUUCAGGGUAUGCUAACAAUGGAAUGGGUGAUGAUGCACUGUACCUUUUUAAUUUAAUGCGAAAUAAUGGGGUUUCAUUAGAUUAUUUUACCGUCAUGAGCUUGAUUUGGCUUGUUCUGAGUCUAGUCAAAGAAGAACUAGUAGUACGAUUCAUGGUUUGAUUAUUAGAAUAGGAUACAACAAAGAACAACAAAUUCAAACCGCUCUUAUUGAUAUGUAUACGAGUGGUAACUUCAUUGAUGAAGCUUAUGGUGUCUUUAAUGAAAUGGUUGUCAAAGAUAUGGUUGCAUGGACUUUGAUGUUGAAAGCAUUUUCUUCUGGUCAGUAUUGGAGCAAGGCCGUUCAACAUUUGCGUGAAUUGAUGCGUGUAUAUUAUAUGUCUCUUGAUUCUACUGCUCUUGUAAGCAUGAUAUCAUGCUGUAAACGUUCAGGAGCUUUACCUCAAGGCAGACUGAUUCAUGCAUUGGUAGUUAAACGAGGGUUCAACAAGGACGUGUUUGUUGGUUCUGCACUCAUCAGCAUGUAUGCAAGUUGUGGUGAUUCAGGUAGCGCGAAGAAGUACUUUAGCAGAAUGGAGAUGAAGGAUAUUACGUGCUGGAAUGCAAUGAUAAGAGCUGUGGGAGUGAACGGGAAUGGUAGUGAUGCAGUUCGUCUCCUUUGGAGAAUGGACGACUUGGGCGUUAAUCCAAAUGAAUCAACUUUUGUAUCUGUCUUGUCUGCUUGCAGUCAUGCUGGUAUGGUUGAUGAAGGUAUUCAGAUUUUCCACUUUAUGGUUAAGAGAAGGGGCAUUGUUCCUAAUAAGCAGCAUUAUGCUUGUGUAGUAGACUUGCUUGGACGUUCAGGGAGACUAGAUGAGGCCCAUUUGGUGAUGGCUAAGAUGCCUUUGCUGCCACAUUCUGGGGUUUAUGGUGCUUUACUGAGUGCGUGUAGAGUCUACGGUAACACCAAGGUGGGAGCUGAGAUAUACCAACAACUACUCACACUAGAUCUCACAGUCACAGGUGCUGGGCAUCUAUGCUCUGUUUCAAAUUUGUACUCCUCAGUGGGUGAUUGGGAGGGCACAGAGAUGUCUCAUGCAGUACUAAGAUCUAAGGGAAUGAAGAAAGACCCCGGAUACAGUUUGGUUGAGUAAACCAGGAUGUGCUUUCAUGGCAGGAGAAUGAGAGACCACAUCAAGGUCAUCCACCUUGUUCAAUCCUGUUAGGAGCCGUCUCUUGAGUUGAUGGCACCAUUCUUGAAGUUUCUCCCAUCGGUUCAAGAAGGGAACUUGGCAGCAUGACUCUGACAUUCACUUUUCUGUAUGUCUUCCACAGUGGCUUCUAUGUUAACACGAAUAGUUGAUUCAGCUGGAGUAUGCUUGGGGGACUUCUCUUCUGUACCAGAGCUAUAAGCCUUCUCCUUGAAUGCUGUUAUUAACUUAUCAAUAGAUGUUGCUUGGUUUUGGUGUUGGAUUUAUCAAUGAGAUAAGCAAGAGUAGUCAUCCUGGAAGAGUUGCGAGUUGCUACUGAGGUUGGUGAAGAUCUCUCAUAUGUUUGAAAAUAAGAACUGAAGACACAAAUCAAAGUAUCUGCAGACAGUGAGAUAUCACAGGUAUAAGGGAAGUUUCUUUGAAACCUUCAAAGAUGGGUUCUUCAGAGGAGAAACUUCCAGAGUUCUUCAAAACUUUUCGCCCAGAUCAUUAUUCUGAGACCAUGAAAAUCCCAGAUGCUUUUCUGGAACAUUUAAGCACAAAAAUCCCUAAGAAAGUUAUCCUGAAAAAUUGUUUUGAUGACCAUUGGCCUGUUGGAAUUGUUGAAAACGAGGAUGGCUUGUUUUUCCAAGAAGGAUGGUCUAAGCUUGUCUCCGAUUAUCCACUGUUAGGGGGAGAAUUUAUGGUGUUUAAAUAUGACGGAUACUCUACAUUUGAGAUCAGAACUCCGAAUACAAGUCAUUUCAAGAAGCAACCAGUUACCGGGUGUUUUGCAGGCCAAGAAGAAGCAAAGACGCCAACAGAAGAGGACAAUGAAGAUGAAGAAGAUUUAGUCGUGGACCAAGCUGAGAAUUCGGCUAUAAGGAAGAACCUUGGCAGGGGAGGAAAUUGUAAGAAUUUUUCUUACAUUGGCUUAAUAUAAGAUUGGUUCUUUUCAGCUACACUUAACAUUCUAUUGAAUUAAGUUUUAUGUCUGACUUUUUUAGAUUCAUUCACUGGAUACCAUGUCAAGAACCUUGGAAAAGGAAUAACAGACUUAUUUCCAUCCAACAACCCCUUUUUUGUUACAAAAAUUAGAAAGAAUGACGGCAGAAAGGACUUGGUACUAUUUUUUUCCCCUUGUAAUUUGGCUUGAUUAAUUUACAUUUCAUAUAUUUGACUUCAGUUAUAGGCAAUCAAUAAGUUAGGUUAUUUGGUGAAUUAUGUUUCAGAAUAUGAGUAUUUGGUGAAAUAAGUAUUAAAAUAAGGUAUUUGGUGAAUUGUGAAACUAAGCUAAUGGAGGAUUAACGGCACGCCAUUAGUAAGCGUAUCUUGGGUAUUACUUCAUUUGUAAGGGACAUUGAGUGAUUUCUGAAAGUUGAUGAACAUUUGGUAAAUUAUGUCAAAACUUGGUAUUUCAUGAAAAAUCAGUAACAUUUAUCCCCAAGUGAUCAUAUAUUCAACCUUUUAUUAUGGUCGUUGGAUCAUCAACAUCAAAUUUGGGCCAUUGGAUUAUUUUUUAUCUUUUCACUCUCUUUCCCUUUUCUUUUCUUCCCUCUUUUACUGAGAUUGUCCCACCAAGUGACCAACCGGUCCACUAGUCCACCACCACACUUGCAGUUUCUAACCGCCGGCGAAUCCGGUUGCUCGUCGGUAAUUGGUCGCCAAUUUCCAUUUGAAAGGGACGAAGAAUCACAAUUUUGAGGUAUCAAACCCCAAUUUUUGCCUUAAUUCUUGCCUUAUGGUUUCUUUGUCUUCCUCAUGGUUAUCGGACAAGAUAUUUCAGUUUUUUUCAGUAGUUUAUACUUCGGAUUGAUGAACAACAUACCAAUUUUGUGAUUUGUAGAGUCCGUAGUUUGCAAUUAGUGUUUUUAGUCACUGAUUUGAGUAAUUGCUCAUUUGAAGCGGCCUAGUUAGUGUUUUUAUUUUAGUCUACAGUAGAAUUUGGGGGUUUUUUCCAUGAAUUUUGGAAGAUAUAAAAAAUUGACAUUGCAUAGUUUUGGAAAUGGUAUGCUCAUCUUGAUCCUAUUACGGGUUGCUAUUAGCGUGUUGUUGGUGGCACUGCUUGCAGUGGGGAGGAGAGAGAAGCAGGCAACAGUGCACGAAGGGUGCAGGAAGAUGCAGGGGCUGCUCGUGGUUGCUAUUAGAGAGAAUGGGUUAAUUUGGGUUAAAUUAAUUAAUUAGGACUUAAUGGGUUAAUUAAUUAGUGGUUAAUUAGGGUCUGAUUGUUAACGGAGGUAGACUUCCGUCAGAAGGAAGGACAUCUUGAUGUAUUUUUGAAAAAUUGGAGUAUUUGGUGUAUUUUUGAAACUCAGUGAGUAAGGUGAAUUUUGUGAAACAUCGGGAGUAUUUCCGGAAAAAACUGUUUGGUGAUUACGGUUUGGAUUUGAACUUUGACCUAUCGUACGCAGAGGCCAUCAAUCUUAAUUACUAAACAAAUUCUUAUUUAUACACAUUUAUCCAUUCAAGAUUUCAAGCCUUUUUAAGCACAUACGGAGUAAUAAUAAUCAAAAUUCAGUAAAGACAAUGUUAGGUUUCUUUCUUCUUUUUUAAAUGAAAAGUGUGGCAGCUUCGAGAAGACUACAACGCGGGUGGGUUAGUAGCUUAGUACUAUGGAUUAUUAUAAUUAUCUAAUCAAGCACAAAACAAUAGUUGGUAGACAUUUUCUCAUUGAAUAAAUUAAAUCAUUCCAUCCAAAACAAACAACAAAGAAAAGGGAAAUAAAUGGCAGAAUCUGCUGUUCUGCCGCUGUUGGCCGAGGCAGCGAAACCCAUGAUCGGGGUACUGGUGAGUCGAGUCACGGCGGAGAUUCAGCUCUGCCGGGACUUCAACCGAGAUCUGAGCGAACUCCAACGCAAGAUCCAAAUUAUCUCAAGCACUGUGCUCAACAUGACAUCUGCUACUAAUACUCGUAGUAGUAGUAGUAGUAGUAACACUAUGGAGUUAUGGGUGAGAGAUGUUGUGAACAUUGUACACAAUGUAGAGGACUUGCUGGAUGUGUUGGCCUAUGAGAAGCAGCGCCAAGUUGUCAUGAAAAGGACAUUCUUAUGGCCUUUAAAACAGGUUUACUUUCGCCGUAAGAUUAGCAGGUGGAUUAAAAGAAUUAAUACCAUUACUGGGGAAGCCUUAAUAGAGGCUCAAACCAUUAUCCAGCUUAAGGAUUUAGUGCACUCGACCUCUCCCCUGCCAACUGCAACAAACUUUAUUACCAAUGAAGGCGCGGCUGCAGCUGCAGAGAAUCGUCUGCAACAGCUUCGACGAUAUGUAGAUAUAUCCUUGAUAGUUGGAAGGGAUUCUGAUGUUGAUUCUGUGGUGGACAAAUUGUGCAACCCUUCAAAGGAUUGUUACAAUACCAGCAAUAACUGCCUUUCUGUCGUGGCCGUCGUAGGAAUUGGAGGAAUUGGAAAAACAGUGCUAGCUAAAAAGGUUUUUGAGGAUAAGCGAGUGACGACCAAAUUCACACAAAGAAUUUGGGUUGUCGUAUCAGAGAAUUUUAAUCUUAUGAAGAUUUUAAACAAUAUGCUGGAGUCUGUUGAUAUGAACCAUAGUGUGACCACCAGCAGCAGAGAAGUAGCAGAACGAAAACUGAAGGAAAAUCUAGAUGGAACGAGAUACUUACUUGUUCUUGAUGAUGUUUGGAAUUCUCAUCAAGGUACUUGGGAUGUACUGAAAAGUUCACUGGAAAGUAUUGGUGGUUCUCAGGAAAGCAUGAUUUUGGUGACAACUAGAGAUAAUGCUGUAGCACAAACGGUGCAUGCUUUUGUCCAUCCUCUGCCAGAACUCACAGAAGAUGAUAGUUGGUAUUUAUUCAAGGAAGUUGCUUUCGCAAAAAUAUCCCGGGAAUAUAUUUCUAUAUUUGAAACCACUGGUAAAAAGAUUGUUCAGAAAUGUAAGGGAGUUCCUCUGGCAAUCAAGACCAUUGGAGGAAUGCUGGAAAAAAAGUUACAUUUACACCUGUGGGAGAAAAUAGAACGAAGUGAGAUAUGGGAUUUAUCGCAGGAUGAUACUGGCAUAUUACCAUCCUUGAUGCUCAGUUACAAGAAUCUGUCAUCUCCAUUCUUACAGAAAUGUUUUUCUUCUUCUGCCAUUCUUCCUAAGGGCUAUUGCAUUCUUAAAGACGGGAUGAUAGGUAAGUGGAUGGCUUUAGGCCUUGUCCAACAAUCUGAAAAUGGAGACUUGAUGGAGGAUAUUGCUCAAGAAUAUAUUGAUGAAUUGUUAAGCAUUUCCUUCUUACAUGAAGUACAAAGGGAUGUACUUGGAGAAAUAGUUUGGUAUGGUAUGCAUGACUUAGUGCAUGACCUAGCAAGAUCAGUUUCCGGGCACGAAUUCUUAAACCUGCAAGCAGGUAACCAUGUGACAACCAUAUCUGAUGUUCGACAUUUGGCAAUACAUAAACACAAGGAACUGAAAAUCGAUUGUUGGGACAAAACGGUAGUUGAAAAUUUACGUGCAUUACACGUGUAUAAGGGUUCACCUGGAGGAUUAUUGAAGCAUGUAAAGUACCUGCGUGUAUUAGAUUUAUGUGACAUGGGUCUAGAAGAGGUUCCAGAAUCAGUCGCUGGAUUGAAGUGUUUAAAGUCUCUCAGUUUGGCAGCUAACCCUAUAAAGGUGUUGCCCGAAUUUGUUACUGAGUUAUACAACUUGCAAUCUUUGAAUCUUUUGAAGUGUGAUCUAUUAAAGGAGGUACCUGGAGGAUUAAGCAACCUGGUUAAUCUGAGGCAUCUUAUGAUUAAGAUAUUAAAUUUACCAGCAGGGAUGAUUGGGCAGUUGAGGUGUUUGCAAACUCUUCCACCUCUGUGGGUGAAUGAAGGGGGAUUCCAGAUUUCUGAAUUGGGAGAUUUGCCUCACGUAAGUGGCAGUUUAGCAAUUCAUGGCCUCGAACACAUCAACAGCAAACAAGAUGCUGAAAGUGCCAGUUUAUCAGAGAAAUCGAGAGUUAAGAAGUUGAGGCUACUCUGGGAUAGUGACGAUGACUGGAUAAAGCAUAAGGAAGUGUUAGAUGGGUUGAAGCCGAAGAGUAAUUUGAGAUAUCUGAUAAUUUGCGGGUAUGGGGGUGAGAUUUUUCCAUCAUGGCUAAUGAGAAUGGAUGUGAUAAAGAUAAUCGAGCUUGUUGGUUGUAGGAGGUGCCAAAAAUUGCCAACAUUAGGGCACCUGCCUUUUCUAGAAAAGCUGUUAAUUGAAGAUAUGGAAAGCUUGGAGUGUAUAGGUGAAGAGUUGUACUGUAAUACUGCGAUAUUAACUGAGGUGAAGUCGUCAAUGGUAUAUUUUCCAAGCUUGAAACAACUUCGAUUAAUCGGGCUUCACAAAUUAACAGAAUGGGUUGAGCCAAGUUCGGGGGGGUGGACUCUCUUUCCUUUGUUGGAGGAAUUAAAAAUGGCAUACUGCCAUGAAUUGACAACAACUCCAAAUACAUUCCCCUCUCUUAAACAGUUAACUGUUACAAAUAUCACAAGCGGUCGUCCCUUGUCAAACAUAAUAACCAACAAAAGCUCUGUGAAGUGUCUGAAAGUUCUUCAACUUGACUGGAUAACAGAUAUCACAGACUUACCCGAGUACUUGGCUGAAAGUUGCAAAUCUCUGCAAACACUGAAAAUAGGUAACUGUGUAAAUCUGAGUUUCUUACCAGAGAAUCUAUCGAUGUUGAUAUCGUUGCAGGUGUUGGAAAUAAAGAGGUGUGACAAACUAGUGUCUAUACCGAACCUCAGCAACCUUGGCUCGUUGCGUGAGCUUAUGAUCUUCCACAAUCUUGCUUUAACAAGUGUUCCAAAAGGGCUACAAAGUUGCAACUCGUUGGAAAGAUUGUGGUUUGCUUGUUGUCCAAAGGUAGAGACACUACCAGACUUGACAGGAUUAACCCGUCUUUGUAAUCUCAGUAUAAGGAGUAUGACAAAGAUGAUAACUCAGCCUCCUGAUUGGCUAUACACCCUUCCGUGUCUUAGGCUUUUAGGGAUUGGAAGUUAUUGGGAGCUAGAUGAGGUUCCUGAUAUGAGUUUCCUCGUGAAAAUCGUUUCUCUUGAAUCUUUGCAUUUGUUUGGUUGGGAAAAGUUGCAGAGUUUACCAGAACAACUGCAACAGUUCACUACUCUGAAAGAAUUGGGAAUUUGUGAUUGUGACAACAUGGAAUAUCUCCCUGAUUGGGUCGGAAACCUUUCAUCUCUUCGGUAUUUGUCACCCACGCGGUGCAGAAAUUUGAAGAGACUACCGACAAUGGAUGCCAUGAAGCGACUCACCAAAUUAAGCUUUCUGAAAAUUGAAGACUGUCCCGAGCUGGAGGAAGCUGUCCAGUUCAAUGGUUCAGAGUAUCACAAGAUUUCCCACAUUGAAAUCAAAAUUGUAUAUCCCACCUACUGAAUCUGGAAAUCUGGAAAUCUGGAAAGCUUUGCAGUUUGUUUAUUCAAGGAUUUAUUCCAUUAUUCCAUUAAUUUAUUUUUAAUUUUCAGCUCUGUACUUAAUAACUUAGCUAAGUUUAAAUUGGCUUGUGUAAAACCUAAAGCAAUUCUUUGCAAAGAGAUGAUGUAUUCAUUUGUAUUGAUUACAUUA